AUGUCCUUUGGUCGUCCAGGCGGGCUCGCAGACACAUUCAAGGUCCUGCCACCACAGCGUGGCUCCUUCCCGCUCGACCAUGACGGCGACUGCAAGACCUUUAUGCUCAGCUACAUGAAGUGUCUCAAGGCGAACAAGUCGGACUCGGGCGAGUGCCGCCUCGAGGCGCGCGGUUACCUCCAGUGCAGGAUGGACCACGGCCUCAUGGAUCAGGACGACAUGCAGAACCUCGGUUUGGGAGAUGUUGGCGGCGACAAGGGACCGGCCGUUGCGGCGUCGACGACACAGACAGGAGGCGCAGCAGCGUCAAGUGACCCGGCUGGUACAGCGUCCAAGAGCGCAGACAAGACGAGCAGGAUAUGA